CUAAUCUGUGAUGGGCCACAACUAGCCGGCAUCUGGAUGGAGAGUGGGGCGAUUGUUCGAUCAGUCCGAUUCAUAGCUCGAGAAGAUGCAGCCGGUGACGUUCGUACUCUGCCUGGUGGUGCUGGGCGCUCACUCGCUCCUGGUGUUUGGCGCUGACUGUGAAAUUGCCGGCCAGAAGCUGAACAAAGGAGAAACGUACAAGCCGCCAGAUCGUUGCAUCCAGCACACCUGCCUGGGAGCUCCGCGCCGCAUCCAGACCGUAAUGUGUCCCUCGGUGGCAUCCCUGAAGCCCUGCAAGCUGGUGAGCGAUACGUCGAAGCCUUAUCCGGCCUGCUGCCCCAAAUACGAGUGCUAGAAGACCCUCUAAGAGGCACAACUGGAUGGAAAAUGUAUAAUUAACAAUUAUAGAGAUGAUUCAAAUACAUACAUGAUAACCCUGA